GCACAGUGGCGGAGUACUAUGGGCACAGUGGCGGAGUACUAUGGGCACAGUAGUGGAGUAUUAAGGGCACAGUGGUGGAGUAUUAUGGGCACAGUGGCGGAGUACUAUGGGCACAGUAGUGGAGUAUUAUGGGCACAGUGGUGGAGUACUAUGGGCACAGUGGAGGAGUACUAUGGGCACAGUGGAGGAGUACUAUGGGCACAGUGGCGGGGUACUAUGGGCACUGUAUCGGACACUGGAGGAGCCGGGCGCGGGGCGGAUAUCCCGGGAGAUCGGGGAUGGGGCAGUGGAGGAGGCGAUGACAGGAGGAGAGGCGGGGCCGGGGGAGGAGUCAGGCCGCAGGCUCCUGCUUAGCUCCGUCCGGUCACAGCUCAGUGUCCAGGCUCCAGCGGCCGCUCCACGUCCCCGGGUCCGCCGCCGCCUCUGCUCCCUGCCGGCGAUCAUGGCUAUCCGGGCCCGCGCUCUGUACGACUUCCGAGCCGAGAACCCGGGCGAGGCGUCUCUGCGGGAGUCGGAGGUGCUGAGCCUGUGCAGCGAGCAGGACAUCGAGGGCUGGCUGGAGGGAGUGAACAGCAGCGGGGAGCGGGGGCUCUUCCCUGCCUCCUAUGUGGAGAUCGUCCGGGGAGAAGUGGCCGGUCCCCCUCCUCCUCCUCCGCCGCCGCCUCCACCUUCAGCAGACUCCCGCUACGCUAACCUGCCCCCCGGCGGGUACGAGCCUGCGGUGGCGCCCCCUAGCUGCCAGAGCUUCUCGUACUCCGGGGCCCGGCCCGCCGCCCUCCAGUACCAGCACAGCCAGCCCAGCGAUGACGACUGGGACGACGAGUGGGACGACAGCAGCUCCACAGCCGCGGAUGAGGCCCCGGCCCCUGGUUACUAUGGAGGCGGUUUCCAUGACUACGACAGCAGCAGGUACCGGUUGUCAACCCCUGGCUCCUACUCUACCACCACCUCAUCCACCACCACCUCAUCCCAGGCCGCCAAGGGCACUGCCACCGUUGGCCGCAACCUCAACCGCUUCUCUGCUUUCGUGAAGAGCGGUGGCGAGGCGUUUGUGCUUGGGGAGGUGGCGGGUUUUGUUCGGGAUGGGGACAAGCUGUGUGUGGUGCAGGGUCCACAUGGGCCAGAGUGGCAAGAGAACCCCUACCCCUUUGGUUGCACCAUAGAUGAACCCACCAAACAGACCAAGUUCAAAGGCAUGAAGAGCUACAUCUCCUACCGCCUGCUGCCGAGCCACACCGGCCUGCAAGUCCACCGCCGCUACAAGCACUUCGACUGGCUUUACGCCCGACUGUUGGUGAAGUUCCCGGUCAUCUCCAUACCCCGCAUCCCUGAGAAACAAGCCACUGGCCGCUUUGAGGAGGACUUUAUCUCCAAGCGGCGGAAAGGCCUGCUGUGGUGGAUGGAUCAUAUGUGCAGCCACCCUGUGCUAUCCCGCUGUGAUGCGUUCCAGCACUUCCUCACCUGCUCAGAUGAGAAAGCAUGGAAACAAGGCAAGCGGAAGUGUGAGAAGGAUGAGAUGGUUGGGGCCAACUUCUUCUUGACCCUCAGCACCAUGCCCGGUGCCCCUGUACUGGAGGUGCAAGAAGUAGAGGCCAAACUGGACGCCUUCAAGUCAUUUGCCAAAAGGAUGGAUGAAGGAGUCCUCUUUCUCAACCAGACAGUUGGGGAGUUUGCCCGAAAGCAAGCCUCAGGCUUCAAGAAAGAGUACCAGAAGGUGGGAAUGGCCUUCAAGGGAUUAGGUCAGGCCUUUGAGAUUGAUCAGCAGCCCUUUUCUGGUGGACUGAACCAGGCGAUGUCUUUUACGGCGGACGCCUAUGAUGCCAUUGGGGAAAUGUUUGCUGAACAGCCUCGCCAGGACUUGGAUCCCAUCAUGGACUUGCUAGCAGUGUAUCAGGGUCAUCUGGCCAACUUCCCUGACAUCAUCCACGUCCAGAGAGGGGCACUGGCCAAAGUCCGCGAAAGCAAGAAGCACAUUGAAGAAGGCAAGAUGGAGCCGCAAAAAGCUACCGAAAUCCAAGAACGCUGUAACGUUAUCACCUACGCCACCCUGGCCGAAAUCCAACAUUUUCACAAAAUCCGCGUGCGGGACUUCAAGUCACAAAUGCAGCAUUACUUACAGCAACAAAUUAUCUUCUUCCAAAAAGUGACGCUAAAGUUGGAGGAGGCGCUACAGAAAUACGACACGGCCUAGUCUUCCCAUCUGAGAACCCUGAACUUUUUCUUCUCCUCGUUUUUGGGAGGUCUAAAACUUUGGGCGGGUUUUUUUGUCACCCCCUUCCGCAAAGAUUUAAGCAACCUGUUGCCAAUAAUUGGCGGUGGUACACGAAUGGUCGUACAUUUAUUUUUUAGUAUACUGUGAGCAAAAGAGGGAAAAAAAAAAAAUGGAUUCGUAAUCCGCAUAGACCCAGCAUAGCAAAUCUAUAUUUAAAUUCUAUUAUGUAUGCUUACACUACCGUCGUACCUUGGCUCUGGAGGAUAGGGUACGCCGUUUGCCUUACCAUUGAACUCUGUCACCGAGUGUACUCUGACGGGGCUACGUUACCUACGAGAUGACGUCAUCAGUUGCCUUUUUUUUUUUUGUUUUUUUCAAGCAUUCUGGAUUUAACCAAAUCCUCUGUUUACAGAACUUUUACUUGAGCAAUUUUUCAAUCCGUGUGCCUUCCCGAACUUUUUUUUUUUUUUUAAUAAUAAAUUCAUAUUUUACCACAGGAGAGGAAUGCAUCUGAUGUAACAUUACACCCAGUGUUACCUUCCUAUAUAAAACGUUUGCACGUACUGUACUAACAGAGGUGCACCACCAAUGAGGCCAGGUGAGGAGAUCGCCUCAGGCAGCACCAGUUACGGGCAAGAAGGGGGUCAGCCAAAGGGGCA